CUCGAAGAUAUUUGUCCACACCUAUGCAAUGACAACAAAUGUACAUCCAUAUACAUAUGUAUAUAUACGCACAAUGCUAUACUAUUUAUUUAUUUAUGUGCGGGCUUGUUUGUAUAUAUGCACGUAUUCAACCCUGAGUAAGAUCGAAGUGCUGCUGUUUUCAUAAUUAGCCGAACGCCCCUCCGCUUUGCCCUGACGAACAGAGCAAAGGUAUUGCCCAGUUGGUGAGCAAGAGCUACAUGUGCAUUAAUGGCAUCUGUUUAGAGUCACAUUGUCAAAGUGACGUCAUCGUGGUACGCAUGGCAUAGAAUAGUAUGAGUGUAUUGGACGCGUUCGAGCGAAGCUAAUGAUGACUUCAACGUUGACGUCGACAGCAGGCGGCAUAGUCGCUAAAGAAAAAUUUAAUACGCGGCAAGUGUUAUAGGAAAAACAACAAUGCCACGGCGAGUCACAAUGACAACAGCAACAAACACAGUAACAACUACAGCAGUGGUGGUAGUGGCGGCAGCGACCAUGCCGACUUCAAUGAAGCAUAUUCGUGAGCUUUUAUAUCAGUCUGCGUUUGAACGUGUAACGGAAAAGUUUCGAGAUAUUUUUUACUCCAAGUGAAAGUGGUGAAGAACGGAAAUAAGAAAGUGAAAAUUGCAAGUGGCGUUGCAAAGAAUUUGACUGCACCGAUAUUUUUUGGAAUUAAAAAAAAAAAUUGAUUUAUGAGCUUUUAAGAGCUGUUAACUGCUUGUGGUGAUUUUUCAAAAAUAAAUCGUGUUGAAAAUAUAAAUAAAGCGCAAGUAUAUAAACAAAUAUACGGUGGUAACACACAAACCUAAUAAAAUUGUAAAAUAAAUAAACAACGAUCCACUAGUAAGUCACUAAAGGUGAAAAAUGGGCUGCGCUACGACCACCGUAAAAAUAUCUUCGAUUCUCUUAAACACACUUUUGGCGCUUUUUAGCAUUGCCGCUAUUGUGCUGAUUGCCAUCAAUCCGGGUUCUGUGCCAGACGACUGGGACAUACCUGCAUACAUCAUCUUUGGCUUAGUCAUAGUGUUCGCCAUAAUAGGCUGUGUGGCUGCGCUGCGUGAGUCAAUUUGCCUCACUGUCACAUGCGCCGUUUUCUUGCUGCUGUUGGCAAUUCUACAAAUCGCCGUUACGAUCAUCAUUUUGAACGAUCGUCACACGCAGAGCGGCAUUGCUAUUGUGGAAGAUGCCUGGGAUCACGACAAAAUUGACGCUUUGCAGAAGGAAUAUGAGUGUUGUGGCAAAGACAGCUCACAGGAUUAUAUUUUGCUAAAUCGUCAAAUACCGCUCAGCUGCUAUGAGAAUCAAAAUGAUGCGGAUGCAAAUAAUAUUUUCACCGAAGGCUGCAGCGCCAAGUUGCAACGUUACUAUGAUAGCGAGACCACGAGCAUCGCUGUGGCGUCGUGGAUAAUUGCGGCCAUUGAGAUAAUUGGCUUUUUGCUGGCCGUAUUUUUGGUCAUCAAUUUCCGCAAUAAACAAAGGCGCAUGCAGUUUUAAAAUGCGGCAGUGUUUGCUGUGUUACAGUACAAAUUUAUCCUGAACGUCUCGAAUAUUGAUUGCUGUUGCGCGAAUAAUACUCGUAUUCUGCUUGAAGAAAUUGCCUUUUUAUUUGUGCAAUUAUUGUAAUUUAUUUGUUGUGUAUUUAUUGUAUUCAAUACUCAUUGACAUUACUGCAGAGUAAUCGAUUAAAUUAAAAAAAUAAUGUGUAAUUAAGAAUUUAUUAAGAUAUUUAAUAAUUAAAGCUAUAAUAGAUGCUCAUUUAA